CACGUUCUCGUCUCUAUUCCCAAACUAUCGUUCACGUGUCAAGCAUGAAAAUCGCAUUGCUUGCUUCCAUGCUUCCCCAGAAAUAACAACAACGCCGCUUGGCUCAAUCUCAUUGCCACCACCGCUACACUUCGCUUCCUUCUCCUCAUUCUCAGUAUAAAAUCUUUGCAUGAUUGCAUAUCCUUUGCUCUCACUCCAUUCGCGAUGCUCCACCAGCCUUCACUUUGCGGUUCAAGAAUCGCCACUCACUCCACGCUCUUCGCUUCGCUUUCUUCCGCUGGAAACAACGCCGGACGUUGUUCAUUUAACGGAAAUUCGUCCGUCCGUCACGUGAGGUUGAAGCUUAUGAGGCAAGCAUCGGGAAGCAAAUCGAACAAUGAACAUGAAGUUUUUAGUGAGACAGUGGAUUGUACCAGGCAUUGGACAACUAAUGCUUAUGGUGGUCGUGCUCAAGAAGAGGUUCUUGAGGAAGAGUCCUCCAAAGUGAUGGAGAGCAAAUCAUCAUGGAAAUUUUUUCCGGGGCAGGCAUUUCCAUUGGGUGUAUCAGAAGUUGACAAUGGCAUCAAUUUUGCUAUAUUUUCACAGCAUGCAACUGCUGUCACACUUUGUUUAGUCCUUCCUGAGACUGAGAGGGGAAGUAUUGACACAUUGGAUGGUGGCAUGAUAGAAAUGGUUUUGGACCCUGAUUUGAACAAAACUGGGGACAUUUGGCACAUAUGUAUUGAGGAUCUUCCUCGAAGCAAUGUUCUGUAUGGAUAUCGCAUAGAUGGGCCUCGAGACUGGGGUAAGGGGCAUCGAUUUGACAGCAGCAUUGUGCUUGUUGAUCCCUAUGCAAAACUAGUUGAAGGCCGAAGAUAUUUUGGGGAUAUUAGCAUGAAGUUGUCUAAGUUUCUUGGCACAUAUGAUUUUGAGAGUUUGCCUUUCGACUGGGGAGAAAAUUACAAGCUUCCAAAUAUUCCUGAGAAAGAUCUUGUUAUAUAUGAGAUGAAUGUCCGUGCAUUUACAAAUGAUGUAUCUAGUGGUUUGGAUAGCAACAUCCGUGGCAGCUAUCUUGGUGUGAUUGAAAAGAUUCCACACCUUCUAGAGCUUGGUAUCAAUGCAGUAGAAUUGCUGCCUGUCUUCGAGUUUGAUGAGUUGGAAUUCCAGAGGCGUCCAAAUCCCAGAGAUCACAUGAUUAAUACAUGGGGUUAUUCAACAAUAAAUUUCUUUUCCCCUAUGAGUCGCUAUGCUAGUGCUGGUGGAGGAUCAGUUAACGCUUCCCGAGAGUUCAAGCAAAUGGUUAAAGCCUUACAUUCUGCUGGUAUAGAGGUUAUUUUGGAUGUUGUCUACAAUCAUACUAAUGAGGCUGAUGACGCCAAUCCUUACACUACUUCAUUUCGUGGCAUAGAUAAUAAGGUUUAUUACAUGCUGGACAAUAAAGGGCAAUUGCUGAACUUCUCUGGCUGUGGAAAUACAUUGAAUUGUAAUCAUCCUGUGGUCAUGGAGCUAAUUAUUGACAGCCUAAGACACUGGGUCACUGAAUAUCAUGUGGAUGGAUUUCGAUUUGACCUUGCGAGUGUCCUGUGUCGAGGAGUUGAUGGCUCCCCCCUUAAUGCCCCCCCGCUCAUUAGGGCAAUUGCUAAAGAUGAAGUAUUAUCAAGAUGUAAAAUUAUUGCAGAGCCUUGGGACUGUGGAGGUCUCUAUCUUGUUGGGAGUUUUCCAAAUUGGGAUCGGUGGGCUGAAUGGAAUGGGAAAUAUCGUGAUGAUGUAAGGAAAUUUAUUAAGGGUGAUUAUGGCGUGAAGGGGAGCUUUGCUACUCGUGUUGCUGGGUCUUCUGAUCUUUACAGAGUGAACAAGCGUAGGCCAUAUCAUGGUAUUAACUUUGUUAUUGCACAUGAUGGAUUCACUUUGCAUGAUCUUGUUUCAUACAAUUUCAAGCACAAUGAAGCCAAUGGAGAAGGUGGAAAUGAUGGAAGCAAUGAUAAUUUUAGUUGGAAUUGUGGUUUUGAAGGGGAAACUGAUGAUGCUAAUAUAAGAGCUUUGCGAUCACGGCAAAUGAAAAAUUUUCAUUUGGCUUUAAUGAUAUCUCAGGGUACACCAAUGAUGCUAAUGGGGGAUGAAUAUGGCCAUACUCGCAAUGGAAAUAACAAUAGUUAUGGGCAUGAUACCGCCAUUAAUAAUUUUUUGUGGGAUCAGUUGGAUGCACGGAAGAGGGAUCACUUCAGGUUCUUCUCGGAGGUGAUAAAGUACCGGAAUACACAUGAAGUAUUCAGUCAUGAAAAUUUCCUAAGCAAGAAUGACAUAACAUGGCAUGAAGACAAUUGGGACAAUCUUGACAGUAAAUUUCUUGCAUUCACGCUUCGUGACAGGAGCGAGGGAGAUAUCUAUUUGGCAUUUAAUGCUCAUGAUUACUUUGUCAAAGUUCAGCUGCCGACACCUCCAAAAAAGCGGAAGUGGUUCCGUGUUGUGGAUACUAAUCUCAAAUCUCCAGAUGACUUUGUCUUUGAUGGUGUCCCUGGCACAGGAAACACAUACAAUAUAGCUCCAUACUCCUCCAUUCUUCUUGAGGCGAAGUUUUAAUUGCAGAAGUUGUUACAUACACGUAUCCAUAAAGAAAAAGAGAGGCUGUUAUACGCACGUAUCUCGGAUGCAAUGUUUAUUAUUUGGUUUUCAAUGCAGCUGGCUGAAGUUAUAGCUUAGCACAAAAGAUAACUGCAUCUGCUAAAAAAAUGUAUGGUAGGUGGUAGUUCUGCUACGGGUCAAGGGGAACAAAAGUGGUAGAGGAAAAUCUGAAAUCAUAUCAUUUCCAGAAUGGAGCAGGGCAUAGUCAGCUUACAAGCUACUUGAGGCUGUUCUUCCGAAUUUGACUAAUCAUUACUACUUUAUCUAUACUUCUAUUGUAAAUUUGAUUUGAGUGUAAUAAAUGCUGUUAUCAUCAAUAUUCUAUAUAUAGUUUAUAUUGUAAACUUGGCUUGAAUCGAAUAAAUGUCAUUAAUUUAUAUUGAAUA